AUGGUGGUGAUGACGGUGGUGAUGACGGUGGUGAUGACGGUGGUGAUGAUGGUGGUGAUGACGGUGGUGAUGACGGUGGUGAUGACGGUGGUGAUGAUGAUGGUGGUGAUGAUGGUGGUGAUGACGGUGGUGGCGGCAGCAUUUGAUACAGCCGUCCGUCUCGCCGGGUCUUCCAGACAGGGCGACAUGGAUGAAGAACAUUGGGAAUCACAGUACCCAGCCUGUGCUGGUAAGCAUCAGUCUCCCAUCGAUAUCCAGAGGAAAAAAACCAAGUACAACCCUCAUCUUCCCCAAAUACAACUAAGUGGUUACGAUGCACAUUAUGAGGAACCCUUGAGAUUAACCAACAACGGACAUUCAGUUGCUUUAGGUGUGCCGCCCAAUCUCUUUAUCAGCCACGGGCUACAGAAUAAAUUCACAGCGGUUCAAAUGCACUUUCACUGGGGUGGUCUGGACCUGGAGAGCAGUGGUUCUGAGCACACAGUGGAUGGGAUGCGAUAUAUUGCAGAGCUGCACAUUGUUCACUAUAAUUCGGAGAAGUACAAGACCUUUGAGGAAGCGCAUGACAAAGAAGAUGGAUUGGCUGUCCUUGCAUUUUUCUAUGAGGAUGGUCAUUUUGAAAAUACCUACUACAGCGACUUUAUCUCCAGCUUAGGCAAAGUCCGAUACGCAGGGCAGACGACUCAAAUGCAUCACUUAGAUAUCAGCACCAUGCUCUCGGAUGACCUCUCGCAGUUCUACAGAUACAAGGGAUCUUUAACCACACCGCCUUGCUUUGAGUCUAUAACUUGGACAGUCUUUGACACGCCGAUCAAGCUAUCCCAUAAUCAGAUCCGACUGUUGGAAAACUCUGUGCUGGAUUGGGAGAACAAGACUCUGAGAAACGAUUACCGUCAUGCCCAGCUCGUGAACGACAGAACCAUAGAAGCAAGUUUCCAAACAGAUCUGGUGAGAGGUUCCUGCCACCUGGACGAAAUCAAUGAGAAGCUGGAAAAAAUUGAAACGAUUUUGCACAAGUUCCAACUAAACGCGGAAGCUGGCCAGGCAGGCAUCGAGUUGGCUUCGCACCCCGCCUUCCACUUCUCGGAGGGCAGACGAGAAAGCUACGUUGAAAUCCGAGCCCUUCGCAGUAUGGAUCUGCGUUCCUUCAGCGUGUGCAUGUGGAUCAGGAUAAAGGAUUCCCGGUCAAAGAUACUUCUGUCCUACGCCACCAAGGGCAGUGACAAUGAACUGGUGAUCUCUGUGGGUCUGGAUUGGGGGCUAUGGAUCGGAGGCCACUUUGUGAACAUCGGGUUUCACUUCAACUCCAAAGACUGGGUCCACUACUGCCUGACCUGGAGAUCUCAAUCCGGAUCUGCGGAAAUGUGGAUUAACGGAUUGUCGGGAAAGGAGAAGCGGAUCAAGAGAGGGCACGUCCUCAGGAAGGGUGGGACGCUCUUACUUGGUAAAGACCAGGAUGGUUUCGAGGGCAUUUUCUCCGACGUCUUUGUCGGCGACAUGACUGCCGUUAACAUGUGGGAUUAUGUACUCCGCCCCGCAGAGAUCCGAGAGUUAAUGGAGUGUAAACACCGGUGGAAAAAGGGGAAUGUUAUAGCUUGGGGGAAGAGUGCUGUGACCCUUUUCGGUGGAGUGAGGGUUGAAGAUGAUAACAGUUGUCUUGGGUGAUCUAUUCACACCCAGUGCG